UCGGUGGCUGCUCAAGCCUUAAACCCUUUGUUGAGAUUCCACACCGCCCUCUGUUCCGCCAAUAGCACCGCCAUGGCUUUCUUCGACCUCAACAUUCCUUUUUCGGAAUCGUCGCCGUCCGACAAGGCGACACGCAUAAACCUCGCGACGACGGCCAUGGAGCUCGGCUACUCCGGCGUCGCCUACAACCGUACGAUCAAGGGCGUCAUGUCCGAUCGCGACCGUUGCUCCAUUCCCCUUCUCACCUUCUCCUCUCUCCUCAAGCUCUCUCCCUCUCUCUCCUCCUCCGUCAACUUCCACCGCGACCUCCUCGGCGUCCCACGCGCCUCCCCUUUCCGCCAGUACACGCGCCUCACCCUCGUCGCCGAUAAUCCCUCCCAGGUCCAGGCUCUCAAUUCCGGAAACCCUAUUUUGAAGACCUACGAUUUGGUCUCCGUCAGGCCGAUGAACCAGACUGUCUUCGACCAGGCCUGUGAGAAAUUGGAGGUACAUAUGAUUGCGAUCGACUUCUUACAGAGGCUACCUUUCCGGUUGAAACCGUCCAUGGUCAAAACUGCUAUCGAGCGUGGAAUAUACUUCGAAAUUACCUAUUCCGGUCUCAUUGCCGAUAUUCAAUCAAGGAGGCAAAUGAUAGCAAAUGCUAAGUUACUGGUAGAUUGGACUCGAGGAAAGAAUCUUAUCAUCUCUAGUGCUGCGCCUUCUGUGUAUGAAUUGAGAGGACCGUAUGAUGUCGCAAACCUAUCGUCUUUACUUGGGCUCUCUAUGGAACGAGCUAAAGCAGCUGUCUCCAAAAAUUGUAGGACUCUUAUAACUAAAGCAUUGAGGAAGAAACAAUUUCAUAAAGAAACCAUCAAGGUUGAACUGAUAUCAUCUGGAGAGCAAGCUGACUCCAAAUCUUGGUCUAGCGAUUUGUUUAAUUGGGAUCCCAUCUCUAGUGGUGAAGGUGAUUUACUCUUAGAUGAUCUUGCGAAGUCUUUUGCUGCUUCCAGUGAAGUGUCAAAAAAAGCAAAACCCAUUGAUUUUAAUUCCAUUAUUGGUAGCAUGCCAUCCCAUGGCUUUCAGUUCAAGAGUUUGAUAUCUAGAACUCAGGCCACACCCCAGGCACCUGAGAAUAGCGAAUAUGUUGAUCUUAUUGGUAAACCGACAAAAUUGCCAGGUUCAAGUGAUGGUAAUUUAGAACGGCACAACAGGAUUGGUCUUCCUGAAACAGGUCUAACUUCAGUAGACAGAGUCCCAUCUAAACUUCAAGCCUUAGAAAAUCAACAUUCCCCUAUUGUAGUUCCUGAACCAGGUCUAACUUCAGUAGACAAAGUCCCAUCUGAACUUCAAGCCUUAGAAAACCAACAUUCCCAGAUUUUAAUUACUUGUGGUGCUACAAAAGCUUUGUCAGAUGCUAUGGAAAUUGAAAUUCCUACAACAACUGCGGAGCCAGAAUUAAAUAAUUUAAGUCACUCCACUAUGAAUAUUGACAUGAUUAGAAUGCAAGUUCCGGACUCACAAUCACGGAAAUCUGUCAACAAGUCUGAAUUACAUGUUAGUUUACCAGAUGAGAGAGGAACACUUACGGCUGACAUUGUGUUGGAUUAUGCUUCUCAUGUUGAUUCUAAAGAAGAGACUUCCAUUCCAUCCAAAGAUAGCUGUCUUCAUGCUCCUAGUGAAGAAGAGAAUUUGAGAAGUUCUAGUAUAACACCGGAAGCAAUAGGUCACGAUCUGAUGGAGGAAGAUUCGAGUGACCUAGAUAUGAAAAAUGAAGACACAUCUUUGCCCUUUAUUAAUUUGUCUCCGGAUGAACAGUAUACAGAUAAGGGACAUUUUGAGGAACCCGAACAUGAUCCACCUGCAGUCACAGGUCAUGCUCCCCCACUGGAAUCUGAUGCGGUAAGAGUUGAACAUAAUCCAGUUGUAAAUAGCGGACCACCGGAUGUGACCACGGAGGAUCAACAGCACGGAAAAGCUGAUGCUGAAAGUAAUCACGAAAUCUUGCUUCAAUCUACAUCAGGUAAUACCAAAGCAAAAAGAAAGGUACCUCGUCGAGCUACAUUACUUCCUCUCAAGCGCAGGUUGAGUUGUUCACCUUUCAAGAAGAAGCCCCACAGAAGAAGCAAAAGCAAAAUCAAGAUGGCCUAGUUUUGCAACGGCUUUGUCCAUAUGGAAGAUUUUCAGGUCUCUGUCAUUUGUUGAACAGACGUUGAACGGAGAAAAAUCAGAUAACAUCCGCAACAUAGGCAAAUUCAUUUAAGUAUUUCGAGUUUAUUUAUUUAUUUCAAAAAAAUACUUAUUCGAGGUAUUUAAGAGCCUCACAAAUUUUGUAUGAGUGUAAUUUGGCAAUAUCAGCGUAUCUAUUUUUAAGAAAUUUUGUACUUUAAAGCAUUGAAGAA